GAUUAUUAUAUUGGGCGCACUAGCUCUCGAAGCCGGAUAUUACGUGUUGUAUGUGCUAUGCACGUAGAUAGGCGCAACGUGUAUACAUGGACGGUGGUGGCCGUGGAUGAUCAGUGUGCAAGUGACGAAAACUGAUUCUUUCCUCACUGAGUGUUGAAAGGUCGAGAUCUUACAGAUGAGGCUGUAAUUGUGUGAAAAACUGUUUGAAAUAAUGUCAAGACAAGUCUGGUGGUGGAAAACGAGCCAGCCUUCAUUGUACUUAUAUGUAUUCCUAUGCUGAUAGAUAAAGUGAAUGACUGCAAGGCUUGAUUACACAGCCGCGGUGAGGGCGAUUUGAUGCGUGGAAUUGGUGUGUGCGGCGGCUGUCUCAUUUCUUGUAGCUAGAUUGCCUAAUGGGAGAAGCAGAGCACUUGAGAAUGAGGCUGACGAUGUGACGGAUGAGAGAAGGAAGAGUCUUGCCGAGUGUUGCUGAGGGAAUCAUACAGAGCAAUUUAACUUUGUGUUUGUCAGAGCACAAUUCAGCCAGAGAUUAGACUGCCAAUGCUUCUUGCUGCAUAACAUUUAAAAAAGCCUUUCAACUCCUCUGAGGACCUGUUUGAAGAAACAACAAGAAACCUUGCAAGUCCCGCUUGGAAAUUGCAGUGGUGUGUCUUUAGCCCAGUGGAGCGUGCAGACCUAGAGAUCACUGAUAUCACCCAAGACAUUGCUAGCUGAAGAGUGAGCUCGAUCUCUCACACGAUGUCAUUCGGAAACCAAGAAGGUGUCAUUCGGUCAAGAUUUAUGAAGAACACAUGAUACCUCUUUCCAUCUCGUUCAAGGUUGGAGGCAAGUCUCGCGAGCAAAUAUAGCGUUGAUGAGAAGCAAUUGUUUCAUCCCUGAUACCGCAGGAAAAACAGCAGAUUGAUUUGAUUGUAACAUGAGUUGGAUGUCAUAUGAAUUGUGGAGAUAAAAAGAGAUAGCGUUCUCCAGCCCAUCACCCAUUAUUUUGAGAGUUACAGAGAGGAUAGAAUACCUGCCCUUUGGCUGUGAAACCUAUGAAGAAAACUAGAAAUCUAUUUAAUACGCUUCCUAUUGAAUUUAAUUGUAUUACAGUGAAUAGUGUAAGAGGUUUAAGUGAACAUACAAGUAAGGCUUGUAUGAUCAAUCAUAGUAGACAAGCCCAAAUUCCUAUCUCUCAAUUGUAUUAUUAAUAGCUGAUGCUUUCUCCUACUUGUACGUGUAAGUCUGCUAUACAACAUAUUACCCUAUUGUGCAAUAUUUUACCGAAUCUACCCGGGUACCAAUUCUUGUCCAUAGACGCUACUAGGAUGUGAUUGAAUUGAUUUAUUAGCAUUUGAAAGUAAAGGUCAGCUAUUUUAAAAGAUAAACCUGUCUACCUCUGUACCUUACAUUCAAAAUAGUAGCCACUACUUUCACAUGUUUGUCCUUAUUUGUAGCUACACUAUCCGGUGAUAAAUGUCCACGUAUAAAUCAGUGAAAUUUGUCUCUUUUUUUGGUCUAAACUAAUAGUCAUAAACUUUUGUUAAAGGACAGUCACUUCCCCAAAAAAGCUGAUGGAAAAAAGAAAUUGAUGUCACUUUCUAAUACCUCAUCCAAAUAAAGUGGACAUGGUAUAAAAACAAAAGUAUUAUGAUAUUAUUUUCUUUAAGAUUUGGUUGAUUUUAGCUAUGUUGUAAAGAAUAUUGAAUAUAUAGAAUAGAAAAGGUGACAAAAGACAUUAAUACUGUAUUGAAUACCACAUUCAAACAAAGUGGCCAGAGUUCCAAAACAAAAUGAUACUACAAGUGUAGAGAAGGAAGGAAGUAGUGAAUAUUGUCCUUUGAACCUUUUCCUCUGUUGAUAUUUCAGUCUGAGGUACAUUUCUCUCUGCUCCGUCAUUGUCAGGUUGUGACAUCAUAACCUCACGAUUGAUUGCUUUAACACCAGACCUCUGCCAUUUGAAAUGUCUGAUAAAACCAUCCUGGUGUAGAGCAAUGUGUGAUGAAUGAUCCUGUCGUACUACCACUCUCAGUUAACUAAUUCCAUAGGAAAUUCUUAGGAAUAAAAAUCUGUUUGCCUCUUUUGAAAAGGUUAUGUUUAUCUGAUAGUAACCUAUAAGAAAAAAAGUAUUUUUAUAAUAACAAGGAACAGUUUAACAGUUUACAAAUAUUACAGUAGGUAUAAUCAAGAUAUGCUAAACCUUUAAUAAUGCAUACUCGUUCAAGGAAUAUAAAAUAGCAGUUUGUGCUUUGUACAUGGAUGGAAUUGAAAGGCAUGGGUUUUAAUGUAAUUGAUAUCAGUUAUUUCUUACUCAUCUAAGAGUCUACCUUGCCUCCAGGGAGCUUAGUGUAACCCAAUAUGAAGAAGUGAGAAGAUAAGUGAUGAUGGAUUCCAGGGUAGUUUCGUGCACCGCCAUCAUUCCAUUCCAGCUGUGUAUACCUUAGGCACUGUACGCUAUCUGUCGCAGAGGAAUAAUUGAAGGAUUAGGGUGCCCUCGUUGUUAGGGUUAGGUGUGGAGUGAUGUGUAAACAAACUGGAGUUCAUAUUCAAAACUUUGGAGGCCCUUGAAGAUAGAUCGAUGUAAGAACUUGCCAGUAUUGCCUUUUUUUCUUGAGAAGAGAAGUGCCAAUAUACAUUAUACAUGUAGAAGAAGCAGAAUGUCAUUUUGUAAUUAAAUUAUAUGUUGAGCUUUCCACUUUGAUAUUCUAUUUUAAUUGCAACAAUUAUGAGAUGAAACAAUAUAAAUUUUGAAUUGUCAGUUCUAAUACCCUGUCUUAAAAAAUUAGUUGACUCAAUUUUGACUGUAGAAAUGAAAAUAUUUGAAAGUAAUGAUAAAUUAUUCAUGAAUUUGAAUCAAAUUUUAAAACUGGUUGUAUAGUUGAAUAAAGGGUGAGGAGAAUGGCUUUCAGUGACUCCCAACCAUUGUGGGAUCCAAGUCGGACAAUGGAAUACCAGAGCAAGAGGGAUUUUUCACCACCUAAGUCUCCAACGAGGAGUUUAUCAUUUUCCAAGUGGCUGCAACGAAGUGGCCAGCUGACACGACUGAUCAUUUUAUUGUUGGUGAUCUUGAUUUUGCUCCCUCUGUUGACCCAUUAUUACCUGAGCAAUACAGAUCUAGAUUCACUAGAUCAAAGGAGUUUUAGUAUUUCACUAGAUGAAAUGAUUGCACUGAAGCCCAGUGAGUUUAAGUCACAUUUGGUGGAGCUCUAUCGCAUUAAAAAUUCUGUUCAAACGGAGUUGCGGCAAUUGGAGGAGAAGAGAAAAUUUUUACAAGCUCAGGUCACACGUUUGUCACUGCAGUUAGAGCAAGCACAGUCCGAGGUUCGUAUGGCUAUUGCAGAAAGAGAUCGCAUCAAGGAUCAAAUCCAACAGACAAUCAGAGAUCAGAGCGAGAUUGUAGAAAGAAGUCUUAGGCACAUCUCUGCUCCUUAUCAAAUUCUUCCAAAUUUAGAAGACAGUGGAGAUAUCGAGCCACCAAGUUUGCCAGCAAGAUGUUCACAACAUACAUGCUUUGAUUACUCACGAUGUUCGCUCACAUCACGAUUUCCAGUAUUUGUGUAUAAUUCUAAUGAUUUAUGGCGAGGUGGUAGUAAGUUAGACUCAACUAUAAAGCUUACUGUCACAAAUGCAUUUGGACGGAGUUCUUAUCUAACACGUGAUGCCAACUUAGCCUGUGUUUAUGUGGUGCUAGUAGGAGAGUUGGAGGAUCAGGGUAACCUACCAAGUAGUCGUGAGCUUGAGGUUAGACUGCACAAACUACCAUACUGGAGGCAUGAUGGCAGGAACCAUCUCCUCCUGCACAUUGUAAGAAGUCUUUCCACUCAAAACAUUCUGCAAAAUGUCAAUACAGGACGUGCCAUCGUUGUUCAGACACCCUUCGCAGAUUCCCAGUUUCGUUUAGGGUUCGACAUCGUCGCGCCAAUGCUCCUUGGGCUUAGCUCAGAAACAGACUGGAAGGAGGUUCCUCUGCAGUUCCCCGCUAGGAGGAAAUAUCUUAUUACAUAUCAGGGAUCAAAACCAACUCAGACUAUGGUGCAAACGGAAUAUGUAGACAAUGCUCCUCUGAGUAGGAGGCUUAAAGAUGUAGAUAGGACUAAAUCUGUGGAGGACCUUAUGAUUCUAGAAAUGGAGAAACUGAAUUCUCUAUCUGAUGAUAAUGUCCAUCUUGAUUUUACUUGUAAAUCCUUUAAAUCGUUUGACGGUAUUGAUGCCUCAGACUGGAAGCUAUGCAGUACAAAGACAGAGAGAUCUCAUCUCUUAAAGCAAUCAACUUUUGUAUUGAUAUUAAGUCCAGGAGACCAUAUAGUAUCUUCCACUUCUUUCUACACCCGCUUUUUUGAAGCCCUUCAAACUGGUGCAAUACCUGUAAUUGUAGGAGAACACAUGCAGUUACCUUUUAGUGAAUUUAUUGCUUGGAAUGAAGCUUCUAUAGUUCUUCCCCGCUCCAGAAUAACAGAACUCUACUUCUAUCUAAAGACCAUCCAGGACAAUGAUAUUCUUAAGCUCCGUAGACAAGGAUGGUUCCUUUGGACAACUUAUUUAUCGAAUACAGAUGCUGUCAUCAACGGCAUCCUUGCCACUCUAAGAACUAGAAUAGGAAUCCCAGCCAAUGUAGUGCCACAAGAGAAAGCCCUUGAUCUCUUCACUGAGGACUUCCCUCAGAAGACGCAGCAAGCUGAGCAGAUGUACCCAGAGUCUGAUGAUGUCUUCCCAGCCCCUGAGCUUCCUUUCCCCUCCCCAAAGUUCCUCAGGAAUUACACGUCUAUUGCAAUGGAUUCCCAUUUUACAUGGAACAACCCACCAGGUGCUCAGUUCAUGUUCCCAUACACCCCAUUCGACCCUGUCGUUCCGUCAGAUGCCAAGUUCUUGGGCUCAACACUUGGAUUUCGUCCAAUAGGAGGUGGUGCAGGAGGCUCAGGCAAGGAAUUCCAGGAGUCUCUAGGAGGAAAUGUACCCAGAGAGCAGUUCACCAUAGUCAUGCUAACCUAUGAGAGAGAGGCAGUCCUAAUGAAUUCUCUGAUUCGACUCAUGGGAUUACCUUUCUUGAAUAAGGUCAUUGUUGUCUGGAACUCCCCUGAGAUGCCAGCUGCUGAUCUAGUAUGGCCCGAGAUUCAUGUUCCCAUAAAGGUGGUGAGGACGACAGUGAAUAGUCUCAAUAACCGCUUUCUGCCUUAUGAUGAGAUCGAGACUGAAGCCAUCUUGUCCCUGGAUGACGAUGCUCAUCUGAGACAUGACGAGAUUCUCUUUGGUUUCAGAGUGUGGCGAGAGUCUCGUGACCGUGUAGUAGGUUUCCCAGGUCGCUAUCAUGCAUGGGAUCUCAACUAUAAGAAUGGAUUCCUCUACAGUGCCAAUUAUUCCUGUGAACUCUCCAUGGUUUUGACAGGUGCUGCCUUCUUCCAUAAAUAUUACACCUAUUUAUACUCCUACAUGAUGCCCCAGCCCAUCCGAGACAAGGUAGAUGAAUACAUGAACUGUGAGGACAUCGCAAUGAACUUCCUUGUCUCACAUGUGACUCGCAAACCACCUGUCAAGGUGACAUCACGUUGGACAUUCCGGUGUGCAGGAUGCCCUGAAGCACUCUCUAAGGAUGACUCUCACUUCCAGGAGAGACACAAGUGCAUUCAAUUCUUCACCAAGGUCUAUGGUUAUACACCGCUCCUCUACACACAAUACAGGGUGGACUCUGUGUUAUUCAAGACCCGUAUUCCUCAUGACAAGCAAAAGUGUUUCAAAUUCAUCUGAGAGCGGUCGGUUUUUAAUGGGAACAGCAGCGUUACACCACUUCGUGAUAUACAGUGUGUCCCAGAAAAAGGAACUGAUUUUCAGAUAAAAUCUCAAACCUGUGGAAUGAAUUUCAAAUUUUAGACCAACAGGAAGUGUAAAACUUUUCUUUCACAGUGUGAAUUAUUCAUUCUUGGUUUACAACAAUACCGAAGUUUGUGAGAAAUUAUUUUUUUUCUCAGAAACUCAUAUGCAGAAAUAAUUUUCAAAACAUGAGAGAUGUUAACAAGCUACAUAUCUUGCCUAUGGAAGGCCACUGUAUCCUUACAAUAUGUCAACUUAUAAUGAGUCCUGACAAACUUGGUUUUGGACAUUUUUUGCUCUAUUUAUGAACCUUUCACAUCAUGCUGUUUAGGGUAUCAAAAUAAAGAAGGAAAUCCAAACUUAUUAAUAGUAUCAUAAAUGAUUUGCCUUUGCUGAAACAAAUCGAUAAGAAUCCCAGUUUACCAUUUCCUGGAAUGUGCUCUAAAGUUGCCUCAGUCCCAUUUGAAAUUGGUAUUGCUUAAUAGAAAGCAAAAGUGUUUUUAAAAAUCAUUUGAGAACAAUUAUGAAUAGUUUCAGUUUCGAACAUCAGAAAUGUACUUUGGAUUGUCCUGUUCAUCCUCUAUUUGCAUCAAACUAUGAUAUACCAUCUUUUACGUGUUCUAUGAUGGUAGGUUCUGCUAGUGUCCAAAUCAAUGUUAAUGGCAAUUUCAUCAUCCGUGUACACUUUUAAGAAAAUUUCAAUAUCUAACUAGUUAUAUCAAUUUUCAUGGCUAUUUUCAAUCUUUUUUUCUUUUAGAUGGUAUCACUGACUUACAUGUAGGUUAGAAAUAUAACUCUUUGUCUUUUGCAGCUUUAUUAGUAUUUUGUAAAAUAAGUAAAAUAGUUUGUUUGGAGUUAAGAAAUCCUCUUUACUUCACACAUGAACUUCAGCUGAUAGAUACAACUCAGAUUUUUUUUUGCAACUCACAUUUGUUGUAUUAAGUGAAAAGGAAGUCAUGUUUCUUUUUAAAUAAAAGGUUGUAAGAGAGAGAUUUGGGAUGAAUAUACUGCAGUAAGAAGUAGAGUUUAGAUUGAAAAUUCUAUGCAUGGACUGUAUGUGCUGAUCCUCGUCACACAGAGUUUUGACCAAGCAUAUCUCAAAAACAAUUAAAUGCAAGUUUAUUUUCUACCAAUAAGAAACAAUGUAUUUUGAAUUUGCAUUUAAUUUUCAAGUUUCAUUUAAAGGCAAUUUAUUCUGUGACAGGUCCACAGUCUUGCUUUGGUUUGAGAAAAAAAUAAUGUGGGACAAUCAAUCAAUUUAAAAUUCAAUCUAUCCUUUAAUUUGAAUGGGUCUGAAAAAAAAAGAGAUACUAGAUUAAUUUUAAAGGAUUUUAUUAAGACAAAUUCUAAUGUAUUAUAGUAUCAAUUGUAAAAAUAAUGUUUCUCUUCACUCUUUGUGAAGUCACUAAAAUUACCUUGUGGAGCACCCUUCAGAAUCGACUAUGUAAUGUAAUAUAUCUUGAUAAUAAUCAUAUUUGUAUUUUUGAUAAUAAGGUUUAUAAUCAGUACUAAUAGCAUUCAAAUUACCCGUUUUAAAGGUUUUCAUAUGUGAUGUUGAUCAGACACAUGCUGGUGAUGGUAUAUAUUUUUUUUUUUUCAUUAUUUAGGAAUUGUUUUGGGCAUAACAUUUUUUUCAUGGUACAUGAAGUCAUGCGAUUCAUUUUUCUCUCAAUCAUGUUCUUGUGAGUGUCCUGACAGGUACAUGUAUGCAUGAAUGGGCUGGUUAGUAUUAAACUACAUGCAUUUACAUGGAAUUUUUAUGGUAUUUACCGACUGUUCUGUUCUAGGCCCCCCCCCAAAAAAAAAAAGAGGAAAAUUUUUCAUACAACUACACAUAUUUGUCGUGAAAACAAGCAACCUGUUUUCAUAAUAAUCACUUUGGAGGCUCCAUAGACCAUCGAUACUAAUUUUUUCUGUAUUGUAACAAUUUAGCUUGUGAUUAUAACACCCUGUCUGGAGGAAAUUGAUGUUGAUUUCAUUUGUAUUUGAAACCCUUCUCUGACUCACUUGGGCAAUUUCAUUGAUUUGAAAUGCAAAACACCCUGGCACUUAUAUAUUGUUCACUACCAUAGUUAAAUGCUCUUUUGUGACAUAUGAAGUAAGUCAAAUCUGCAUCCCAUAAUAUAAUUUCAGAAUUUGCAUGUACUUGUAUUUUUUAUGGGGCAUUGCAAUAAACUUUUAGUUGAAUGCAAGUCAAUCUUAUUUCAGGUCCCAAAGUCAGUUAUAUGAUUUGCGAUUGAUCAUUGUUGGUCUGGUUCUCAUGAUAGAAAGUAUAAAUUUGAUUGCCCUUGUUCAAAAUUGAUCUAUUAUUUGUAAAGUCGCAGUUUGUAAUAUUUGCAACCAAUUACAUAAAAUUUUACCCCCACACCUCCUAAUGUUGUAUGGUUACGGAGAGACAAUGAUUGCAUGAUCAAACAUUAUUUUUCAGUGGUUUUGUUUGUGGAAAAAAAAGUAAUCAAUGAUUUAAUGUGAUUUGGUUUCUGUCACAACAUAGAAAUUAGUAUACACGGUCAGUAUCUACAAUUGAUUAUUACAUUGUGUACAUGGCUUGCCAUUGACUUGGGAG